AUGGCACGCGGGGCGGCCACUCUCCUCGAGCGCCGGAUUUCCGUCCCAGCGGGAUUCAAUCCUGCAGGAUGGCAGCCCUUUGCUGGAGCACCAAAGCUGCCGCCGUGCCUCUCCUGGCAGAGAGGGAAUGACGAGGAGCGCUGGGACUUCCACUGGUGCGACGUGGGCUGGCUGCACGAGCACUUCGACCACGCGUACCUGGACGAGCACGUGCGCGUCUGCCACUUCCGCAACCACUACGAGCUGACUCGGAAGAACUAUCUAGUGAAGAAUCUGAAGCGGUUUCGGAAGCAGCUGGAAAGAGAAGCAGGAAAGCUUGAGGCAACAAAAUGUGACUUUUUUCCAAAGACUUUUGAAAUGCCUUUAGAGUAUCACUUGUUUGUGGAAGAGUUUCGCAAGAAUCCUGGCACCACUUGGAUUAUGAAACCAGUUGGCAGGUCACAAGGUAAAGGAAUUUUUCUAUUCCGGAAACUCAAGGAUAUCAUUGAAUGGAGGAAGGAUGGGCUCCGCACAGAUGAUCAGAAAGAUGAAACACAAGUAGAGAUUUAUGUAGCACAGCGAUAUAUUGAAAAUCCGUAUUUAAUAGGAGGUCGGAAGUUUGACUUAAGAGUUUACAUUCUAGUGACAUCCUACAUCCCACUGAAGGCCUGGCUGUACAGAGAUGGAUUUGCUCGCUUCUCUAACACACGAUUUACUCUGAACAGCAUCGAUGAUCAUUAUGUUCAUCUCACCAACGUCGCGGUGCAGAAGACAGCCCCUGACUACGACCCAGAGAAGGGCUGCAAGUGGAUGAUUCAGCAGCUCAGACAGUACCUGACUGCCAAGCAUGGAGCAGACGUGGUGGAAGUUCUCUUUGCAGAUAUGGACAACAUUUUCAUCAAGAGCCUUCAGAGCGUUCAGAAAGUGAUUAUCAGUGACAAACAUUGCUUUGAGCUCUAUGGAUAUGACAUCUUGAUCGACCAGGAUCUGAAACCGUAAGGGUGCCAGUAAACAUACAAGGGGUUGCAAUAGCAGGCGAGCUGCUUUC